AUGCUAGCACACGCACUGGUGGUCGUCGCCGUUUUUGCCGGCGCCCUCGCUCAAGACCAGCCGGUGUGCGCCGACAACGAGAUGUUCAACGGGCGAGUGUGCGUCUGCGCGCCCGGAUACUUCGCGAACGUAAGCGAGGCCCGGUGCAGCGACGAGUGCGAUGAUGUGUACGCUUCCUGGUUCACGGAGGGCAACUGCAUCCAGGCUUUCUCCUCCAUUGAAGCCGCCAACCGACCUCAUUGCCAGCUCCGGUGCGGUUUCCGGAUCAAGCUGAUCCCGCAGAUUGGCCUGCUCGUCAUCGUCGCCGCCGCCCUCUCCACCCUUUUCUUCACGAUCCCGAUGUGCAUCGCCACGUGCUGCUCGUGCAUCCAGGCCAAGAGGGCAAACAAGAACGCGAAGCGCGUCUACAACGACACCCAAGCAUCCAAGUCCCAAGAGGUGUCAACCGUCGGCUACAACCCGUACGCCUACUGGCCAUACUAUGGACGCUCU